AUGUCUAACGGCAAUUCACGGAGAGAAGAAGUGCCCAUGUCCCAUAAUGACCAAUCUCAUUAUGUCCGCACACAAGAGUACGCAGCUACGCCGCGAUAUCCAAACUCUACACGCGGCCCCAGUUCAACCUAUUACGGGUUGACGGACACAGGCAACGAUGACACUGUAGUCGUCGACCAGAAGAUUUUCAACCGUGAUUCCCACGACUUUGCAGAGGGAGACUUUGUUUGCCCGGGAUUCUUCAGCCGUGUCGACCUAGGCGGGUUCACCCGCCGCUUCAACCCUUCGCAAUGGAGCUACGAUAUGCGCCGCCAAGCCCAGCCCAUCCUUCCAUUCUUAUCUCUUGGUCCUUCGUCAUGUCUACGAGAUGCCGAUUACAUCCGCAGCCAAGGGUUCACGCUACUUCUUGCUAUUCGAAGUCGGCACUCGGCCCAUGCACGCCUCGUCUCCGGCGAAAAGGCAGCAGCCGAGGUCGGUAUUAUGGCGGACACGGUGGAUGUCCUUGAUAAUCAAGAGCUGAUUUCUGCAUUUCCGCGCGCUAUCCGCCGCAUCAAUGAUCAUUUGGCUGGUGUGGAUAUGGAACCCGAUGGAAUGGUGUCAAACGGCCAACAACCGAAGAGGAAGGUCCUUGUCUUCUGUGAAUCCGGGAAUGAACGCUCGGCCGGUGUCGUCAUUGCCUACAUCAUGGUCAUGCUCAAUAUUGAGACUGUUGAAGCUACACAUAUGGUUCAGCAGCGUCGUUUCUGUGUCUCAAUCGAGGACCCUAUGAAAUACAUUCUCACGGCUUUCGAGUCCAUUCUCUCUGCGAAACGUGAUGUUGAGCGUGCUAAACGAAUGACUAAGCGAAGUUUCCAAGAUCAUAGGGAUGAUGCUCUUGCCAUAGGGGAGGGUGAAAUGGACAUGGACAUGGAUGAGGACCCCUUCUACGAGCGAAAGCCGCAUGCUCCCUUCCAGGACCGCGUGGUCUAG